CCAAUCCCGAGCAUGUAAUUUAACACCUCGGGCCGAGCCCCCAGAAAGAUGGUUUGGACUCGUAUUGCGUCUUGGAUUUGCGAGUCCAAAUUUACUUUUCGAAUCAAGGGCUGAGAUGACGCAGCGUUAACAAAUCUAUUGGAGGGUUUAGGGUUCUAGCAGUUGGGAAUUGGAAGGUAUUUGAGCUAGAAGAUCUGCGGCAGCUUAAACCCAGGGAGAGAGAUAAAAAGAAGCGAAUCAUAGUACUUUGAAUCGAAUAAAGCCAUUCAUUCUUUGACGACCAAUUGUUGGAUUCAAUCAUAUGAAGUGUUUGCUUAAAAGUUCAUGUGAACCCUAAUAGGAACCUUGACUUGAAUUUAGCUCAAGUAACGCCGUCAGGACAUAGAAUUGGAUCACAAUUGCUAUGUCGAAGAACAAUAACAGUAACAUGCGGCAGAACGGCCAAUCGGCCCGCCUUCCCAGGAAACGCUUCUACAGAGCUCGAGCCCACAGCAAUCCUCUCAGUGACUCUCACUUCCCCAUCCCCAUCAGUCCUGCCGAUGUGGACUAUUCACAGCACUACCCCCACUUCUUCCCCUCGGAGAGAUCUGAUGAUGACAAUGGUAGCGUGCCACCUACCAAAGUUCGAUUUGCCGACAUUGGUUGUGGGUUUGGUGGAUUGCUUGUUGGCCUCUCCCCCCUCUUCCCAGACAUUCUAAUGAUUGGAAUGGAGCUCAGAGAUAAGGUAACUGAAUAUGUGAAAGAGCGGAUCCUGGCCUUAAGAGCCACAAAUCCAGGCAAGUAUGAGAAUAUUUCAGUUGUCCGCACCAAUUCUAUGAAAUAUAUACCCAACUACUUUGAAAAGGGGCAGCUGUCGAAGAUGUUCUUCCUGUUCCCGGAUCCCCACUUCAAGGAGAAGAACCACCGGCGUCGGGUGAUCAGCCUUCAGCUGCUUGAUGAGUACGCAUAUGCAUUGGAGGUUGGAGGUAUCAUAUAUACAAUUACAGAUGUGGAGGAGCUUGGAGAUUGGAUGAGGUCUUGCUUGGAGGAUCACCCUAUGUUUAAAGCUGUUCCAGAGGAAGAACUUGAAGCAGACCCAGUUGUCAAGCUGUUAUCUUCUGCCACUGAAGAAGGUCAGAAGGUCGCUAGAAAUGGAGGCCAGACUUUCCGGGCUGUGUACAGGCGCAUCAUGUUAGAAGAUGGCUGAUCUACUUCUGCUAUAAAAGAGCAAGACACUGAAGCCAGUGAAGCAUAUCUAAUGAUAUUCGAGCCACUGGACUUGCUGUCUUCUUGAGCUGAAUCAGAUGUGCUAGAUUGUUGAUGGUAUGAUUGGUUUUGUAGCCUGUAGUUCAGCUGUACUGCUAUGUGCUGAAGCUUGCUUUCUAAUAAACAUAGACAGGUGCUUUUUUUUUUGUGAGGUGAUCUUCAUUAUUUUGUCUAUCAAAUGUUGUUGGAUCCUUGAGUUUAUAUUGCAUGAAUAUUUUGAGCUGCUAGUUGAAGAUAUCCAAAUGAUUCAGUCUCCGGGUUCUCCCAGAAAUGUAAUGAACUAGAGAACUUCUCAUG